AUGGCAAAUCCACAACACGCACCACGCGAUCUUAUAGGGGAAGUCGACCAGAAUACGUGGGUUAUUGGCGACAAAUGGAUCCUCACUCUCCGCUCCACUCCCGGAGGAGAAAGUUCCUGGCCUGAUGACAAAAAUUGCUUUUUUGUUCUUACCAAUGCUUCGGGACCAAGCCCUCCUUUUCGUCCACUAUCUCCAACCAGCAUCAUCCAAAAGGUUCACGACGCUGGCGAUGUAGUUUCGGUCUGGAAGGUGGGCCAGGCCUUCAUCAAAGCCGUUGACUAUCCACCAUUCAUGAGAGACGCUACAUUGGAGCAUGUGACCAUCAAUGCUCUUCACACCAAGGGUAUCAGCUUCGCUAUUCCGAAUGUUCUCUACAACGCAUACUGGGAGGAUCGGUAUAUGAUUAUAACUUCUGCUAUGACUGGUGUGACGCUAGAUAAGGCAUGGCUAUCCAUGGACCAAGAAACACGGGAAUACUAUGCGGACCGUGUCGUGGAUAUUUGCAAGGAGAUGGCCAAGUUCGAAGCCGGAUACAUUGGGGGAAUUGAUGGGAAUUCUCUAGCCGAGACUUUCCUCACGAAACCAGGAGAACCAUACGAGUACAGCCGCAACACCCUUCUCAAGAAUUGUAUGGCACUGAGAAUGGAUUGUACAGGCUCAUUCAAGUUUUACCACUGCGAUUUGGGCCCGAUGAACAUCAUUGUUGACGUCAAGAACAGAGGCAUUUCUGUCAUAGACUGGGAGAGAGCCGGCUUCGUCCCAAUUGAAUGGAUCAAGACAAAAUUUCUUGAGGGGACAGGGGCGAUGUACUUCGACUGUGUUAUGGCAACAAAUGGAGAUAGGAUGGCUUGGGGCAAACUAGUUGGAGAGAAGCUCGGUCAAGCAGGUUUCAAAGACGUCGCUGAGAUGUACCGCGAAUGGCACAAAAAAUGA